ACACUUUGACUCCAUUUGACUUCUGUUUCGUAGUUCAUGUUCACUUCGUUUAUAUAAGAUAAUUGGAACAAGUAAUUCUUAUCAUUUUUUUUUCUAUUUGUUUUACAUAACUUGUUGUGAUAAACUAGCACAAACGUUCAAACGUUGCAAGAUUUUUAAUUAGGAUCUAUAUUUUUUAUUUUACGUGUAAAUACCGAUUCCUGAUAAUAAACCGCGUUUAGUCGUACAUCGAAGUACUAGUUAUACCUAUUACAUUUAAACUCAAAUAAAACCAUGAAAGGUUACUCGAACAACUUUUUAAUUUUACUGCGCGCCACAGCAUUAAAGUCUGAUGCAAAAUUGCGUCUAGCGAAGCCCAUUUUUGGCAAUGAGUCGAGGUUUUACAGUGAUAUCGCCAACGUUGCAAAUAAAAUGGAUUUGACCUCAGCGGCGGUGAAAUCGACGGCACCUCUACAGGAUCUUCUAGGCCGGCGUCACGACUACCUACGUAUAUCUCUUACGGAGAGGUGUAAUUUAAGAUGCCAGUAUUGCAUGCCUGCGGAGGGUGUGCCUUUAACACCAAAACCAGAUCUAUUGACAAAAGAAGAGCUGUAUCGGCUUGUGAAUGUGUUUGCUUCUCUUGGUGUGCAUAAGAUACGGCUCACUGGAGGUGAACCAACUCUUCGAUCUGAUUUAGCUGAAAUUAUUGAACAGCUAUGCAGUGUCCCGGGAAUCCGGACCGUAGCAAUGACUACUAACGGAUUGGUGUUAACUAGAAGGCUGCCGGCAUAUCAACGUGCUGGCUUAUCUGCAAUCAAUGUUUCACUUGACUCCCUACAACCUGAAAAAUACGAGCGUAUGGCUCGACGACCGGGUCUGAAGAAGGUCCUGGCGGGCAUAGACCUGGCUCUGCAGCUCGGCUACCGGCCUGUUAAAGUCAACACUGUGCUCAUGCGAGGGUUCAAUGAUGAUGAGAUAUGCGAUUUUGUGGAGUUCACACGUGAUAGAGAAGUGGAGGUUAGGUUUAUCGAGUUCAUGCCGUUCUCCGGCAACCGUUGGGACGACAGUCAUAUGGUGCCGCACGAGGUAGCGCUGCGGGCCGUCAGACACGCCUACCCGCGUCUCGCGCCCACACUGCCCCGCGCCUGCGACACUGCCGCGGUGUGGCAGGUGGAGGGGUACGCGGGCAGCGUAGGGUUCAUCUCGUCCAUGACUCAGCCCUUCUGCUCCUCCUGCAACCGGCUGCGGCUCACCGCUGAUGGAAAUCUCAAGGUGUGCCUGUUCGGAGCGGCGGAGGUGUCUCUGCGCGAUGUGCUGCGAGCUGGCGCAUCAGACGCCGACCUGGAAACACUCAUCCGUACCGCGCUGCAUAACAAGAAGCCGCAGCACGCAGCAAUCACAUUCAGAGCCAUCUCGGACCUUCUCACGCUGGUCAUGCUACAUUCGAGAUCAACAGCACCAGCUUACCGCUUCUCAUUAAUUCCGCGCCGUCUGCCGCGCCCACGCCCACGCCCGCGUGCGCGCCCACACGUGCUCGCCCACCGCCUCGCCAUGCCCGCGCCCCUCGCCGCGCCCAUCGCCGCGCGCGCCUACUGCACCGCGCCCCCCACGCUCUCGCACCUGGACGGCGAGGGGCGCGCGCGCAUGGUGGACGUGGGCGGCAAGCGCGUCACGGCGCGCGCCGCCGAGGCCGAGUGCCUGGUGCGGGUGUCGGCGCGUCUGCUGCGGCUGCUGCGCGACGCCAGCCUGCCCAAGGGCGACGCGCUCACGGUGGCGCAGGUGGCGGGCGCGCUGGCCGCCAAGCGCACGGCCGAACUCAUCCCCAUGUGCCACCCGCUGGCGCUGGACUACGCGCGCGUGCGCAUCACGCUGCCGCGCGGCGAGUGCGCGCACGGCGGCCUGGUGCGCGUAACGUGCGCGGCCGCCGCCACCGCGCGCACCGGCGUCGAGAUGGAGGCGCUGACGGGCGCCGCGCUGGCCGCGCUCGCGCUCUACGACAUGUGCAAGUCCGUGGACCGGCACAUGGUCAUCACGGAGCUGCGCGUCCUCAGCAAGUCGGGCGGCGCCCACGACUUCGGCGGCCCGCCGGCGCAGGAGCCCGCCCCCGCCGUGCGCGCCCACGACACCUCGCCCAUAAAGCCCAACGAGACGUACGCGCCCACUGACGUUAUGCACUUCUAGCGACGGAGCAGCUCAAAUCCUUCUUAGAUUCGUUUCUUUCCAGGGUCUUCGGAGUUUGGCCAAAUAUGUUUGCAAAUAGAUUUAUUAAUAUUUUUGUAAAGGAUUGUUACAUAUGUGUGAAGAAUACUUUUUUUUUUUUUUUUAAGUGUAAGAUCUAUACAAGUUGUGAUUUUUUGUGCUGUAAAUUUGCCAGUUUUGGCAGCUGUUGGUGCUCACGAUGUUACAUAUUUCCAGUACUAGUUACAUAUUAUAUAAUUAGAUAUAACAUAUAGCAAGUUUCAUAUUACCUUGUUUGAACAGUUGUAUCCUCUGUCCUAGCAUCCAAUUGACACUUACGGACAAGAAUUACUACGUAGUGCCUUGUGAUUAGCAAACUAUCUUUAUAAUAUGAACUCCAUAUAGUUGUUUGAACAAUUAUCAUUAUCAUUCCUCACUACUAAGUAGCAGCAAAUAAAAUAAAAAAGUUGUGCAUAUUCCGUCUAUUGUUAUUUGUUGUAAUUUUUAUAGGUUGUGGUAAAAUAGCACAUAAUUUCAGAUAAUUAAUGCAAAUAUUUAAUAUGUGGUUUUGGAUAAGCUUAAUCUUUAACAUUAUUUUUAUUAUCUAAAUGUGCUUUUAUUAUACAGAGCCAGAAUGUUUGUUUUAAUACCUUAUUUACUACUUUUUUAUUGGAUGUGUCUAGUCUGUGGUAAGAGAAAAUAUUGGAAUCACCAGGAAAUAAGAAAAGACUGGAAAUAAGAAUCUAUUUUGAUAGUAAGUUAAAAAAUAUAAAUACCUAUUUCGAUUGAAUAGUUUUCAUUAUUUGGACUAUGCUUUGAUAUUAUUUUGUUUUUUUUUA